CUAAUAUGUCUCACAUUUUAAAAGGAAUUAAGUAGCACAAACAGGGAAAGGGAGUAUCUUAGGAUCCCAUUGCGCAUCAUCACAUCCUCUAUGGUAAUAUAAAUAAGAAUCAACGAUAAAAGCGUUUCUUACCACUUUAUCUCAGGUAACUCAAAGGAAAAAGGGAUUAGGCCCUCUUGCCUGUUUUAAUUUUCCAGCCGAAGGUAUUUAAUGAGGGCCUCUGACAUUUUCCACGCGUGGCAUCUCACCCCCAUCUUGCACAAGAGCUCUACACACGACAGCGGGGUCAAUCAGUACGGCCUCAAGCCCGCCAACACCUACGACUACAUCAACCCCACCAACCUCGUAAACUUCGGGCGGGGCACACACUUUGACAACCUCGGUGUCCGACGCGCCGAGCGGGGGGAAAUUGACUCCUCGCCAUCCCUCAACGGGACACCGGUGGUCACCCAGGCGAAAUUGUUAGGUCUUAGCGGGCCUGACACGAUUCGAAUGUGUGAAAGCGAAAUGAUGCAGCUUCGGGUGUGUAUGGCAAAAGGAGGCAGCACGUGCGAGCGGGAAAAUCGCAUCUUGGAUGUUUGUCUUUCGAAGGUGGGGCACCUCCGGCGAGCGAUGGGGCAGGCCUGCUCGGAGUUUAACGAUUGGUUCAUCCAAAAUGUAUCGGAUAACCACACCAAACCUUUUCAGCACCGGCCGCAUGACUGGCGGCAUUAUUACGCGCAGGAAAAACUUGUGAAGGAGCAGCAACAGAACGGCAGUGCGUAUGGGCGCCGACCGAAGCAGUUUUCUUUUGGUGCGAGGUAUGUAAAGACGGAGGGUUACGGUAAGCGGCCACGUCUACCGUUCAACAAGUAAAAAAAAAGGAUAGUUCGUAGGGUGCAAGAUUUCUUUAUUUUGUUUUACCGCGAUGCGUAUUGUGCUUUCGAGACGAGAAGUUUUACAGUACACAAAA